AAGGCUGGGAGUGAUCUGUGAAAAUGACUCCACAGUUUGUGUGUUUUGUAACAGCGAAAGUGAGUCAUUGAACCAUGUCUUAAUCUGGUGCCCAUUUGUGUGGAACAUAUGGACUGAAAUGCUAAAGUGGUGGGAUGUCCAAUCUGCUUUGCCAUGCACUGUGGAGAGUCUCCUCCUGUGGUGGGCUGGGGGAAAGUUAAAGAAGAAAGAAAGGUUGAUUUGGGGGGCAAUUCCAUUGGCAGUGAUGUGGUCAGUCUGGAGAUGCAGGAAUGAGUGUGUCUUUAGAGCAACUCCCCCAAAUUUAGAGGAUAUCUGUGAAUUAAUUAAAAUCAGGAUUGCUUUCUGGGUAAACCCAUAUCUAAGAGACUUUCAGUUCUCUGUACAGGAUUUUGGAACCAAUCUGAGGCAAAUAAGGAGGUGUUUGGGAGGGGUAGGUGCAAUGGACUGAAUGGCUGCUGUUGUGAUGUAGGGAGCCUCUGCUGUAGUGGUUGCACUGUGUUGACUUGCAGCUGUGUAGUGUAGAUAUGUUGGUACUCUGAAGGGUGGAAAUUCUGAAUACGAACAGAGGGGUAGUAUGUGUAAUUUCGGGGUGUAGGUAUCCUUACCCAACUCUGCACCUGUGCAAAAUUGAAGUUUAUAUGCUGUGCAGUCUGUUUGUUCCUCCUGGUAUAGAACCAACAGUGGUUCAUCUACCUUCAUGCUGUCCAGAUUUAUCAGUUCAAUGAUUUAUUUAUCAGUUCAAUGCUGUCCAGAUGGCUGUUCUGAUCUUCUAGUCUACUCUGCUGAUCUGUUAGUCUGUUUGUAUCUGGUCUGAUCUGCUAUGUUGGACCGUACUGUAGUUGUUAUUUUGUAAGGUUUGCUGGUUGCAUAUGAUAUCUUUCCUUUGGCUUGGUUCUCCAAUUGCAAGCACAUGUUCGUUUUUUAUGCGUCUGUGGUGAUAAAAGCUUCAAG